AUGAGGCAACAAGCGAAUAAGAAGCGCCGUGACAUACAGUUUCAAAUUGGGGAUUUGGUAUUGGUGAAGUUACAACCAUACAGGCAAGCCACAGUAGCGAAGCGACUCCAUUCAAAACUCUGCAAAAGGUAUUUCGGACCAUUUCCGAUCAAGGCUCACGUGGGGCAGGUUGCAUAUACGCUUGAAUUACCAGAAGGCAGCAGGAUUCACCCCACAUUCCAUGUUUCAGUAUUGAAGCCAUUUUAUGGACCAACUCCUCCCACUUGUUACCCUCUUCCCGAAUUGGUUGUUAACAACAAACCAGUAAUGAUUCCGCAAGCUAUCAUAUCCACCAGAGAGCACAAAGGAGAAAGACAGGUAUUGGUGCAAUGGUCGCUGAGUGCUCCAGAAGAUGCAACCUGGGAGACCCUUUCUGAAUUUGGUAAGCUGUAUGACAUUUCCAACCUUAAGGACAAGGUUGUUGUCGAAGAGGGGGGCAGUGUUGGGCCAAUCCAGUUGACAAGUCCAAUACAUUUGGACCCAAGUAAGAUACAAGAGAGAGUAAAAGGGUGGAUAGAGGGAAGUGACCAAAGGGAGGUUGAGGACUCAAACGAACAGAGCACCAGCACCCAGAAGGAAGACCCACGACAGACCAUGGAGGAAGAGAGAGUGCAGGCGCGUGGAACCCGUGUGCGAGUGAGACCCAAGUGGCUUCAGGAAUUCGUUAGGAUGGAGAGGAGCUGA